AUGCCUCCCGCUGAAGACGACGAUGACUUCGUCUUCGUCUCCCACGCAGACGCCCACCCCGCCGCAGGCCCCUCGUCCCCCGAGCACCUCGAUGAGAUCUCCGCCGUUGUCGCCGACCUCGCCGACAGCCUGUGGCCAGUCAACAAGACGAUCCACGACAACCCGGAGCUCGGCUACCACGAGUUCAUCGCCCACAACGCCCUCACGUCCUUCAUGCGGACCCAGCCCGGCUGGCGGGUGACGCCCUCGGCCUAUGGCAUGGCCACGGCCUGGGUCGCCGUCUGGGAUAGCGGGCGCAAGGGGCCCGUCGUGUCCUUCAACGCCGAGAUGGACUGCCUCCCCGGCAUAGGCCACGCCUGCGGCCACAACCUCAUCGCAACCGCCUCCCUCGCCGGCGCCCUCGCCACCGCUACCCUCCUCUCGCGCCACCGCCUCCCCGGCAAGGUCGUCCUCUACGGCACCCCAGCCGAGGAGGGCGGCGGCGGCAAGAUCCGCCUCCUCCGCGCCGGCGCCUACGCCGACCACGCCGUCGACCUCAACCUCAUCUCCCACCCGGGCAUCGUCGCCGACACCGCCCUCAUGCGCACCUCGGCCUACGCCUCCCUCCGCGCCGAGUUCUUCGGCGUCGAGGCACACGCCGCCGCCAACCCCUGGCUCGGCGUCAACGCCCUCGACGCCCUCGUCAUCUCCUACAACGCCAUCUCCGUCCUGCGCCAGCAGACCAUGCCCGGCGACGUCGUCCAAGGCAACAUCACACACGGCGGCGCCCGCCCCAACAUCAUCCACGCCUACGCCGCCGGCGACUUCGUCGUGCGCGCCGACUCCAGCGCCCGCCUCGCCGAGCUGCGGCGCAAGGUCGACAGGUGCUUCGCCGCCGGCGCCGAGGCCACCGGCGCCAAGCUGCGCAUCACGCCCACGGGAAGCUACCUCGACCACGUGCCCAACCGCGUCCUGGGCCGCUCCUACGCGCGCUACUUCAACGCCCUCACGGACCCUGGCGAGUCCGGGAUCCCCGUCGACCAGGACGUUGACGAGACCCGCGGCCGCACCAUGGCGAGCACCGACCAGGGCGACGUGAGCUACGCCAUGCCGAGCCUCAGCGUCGGCUUCGCGAUCCCGCCGGGGGAUAAGGGCCAAGGGCCGCACAAUCCCGAGUUCGCCGAGGCGGCCGGCACGAGGGUGGCGUUCGAGAGGAGCUUAAGGGUCGGCAAGGGGCUGGCCGGCGUCGCGUUCGACGUGUACACCAAGGAGGGCAUGCUGGAUGAGGUCAAGAGGGCCUGGAGGAAGGACAUGGGGAAGUGA